GUGCGGUAGGAAUCAGCGACUCGAUAGUAAGACAAUCGGACAAGCUGGUCGUUAUCAUCCUCCAUCCAAUCGUUCUCAAGACUCUGCGCCUCAAAAGCUCGCAGGGUAAAACGGAACCAGUGCCAGGCCCAGCCAUGAUGUUUCCAGCUAGUUCGUCCAUGGUUCGUUAGGACUCGUAAUGGCGAUGAAAGUCGUAGCUGUAGGUGGCGGAGCGGGUAGCUCUUGUACGCAGAGCUCGCGCAGGUGGCCUUUGGAGGGUCUGUAAACCGGAUUAAGCCAGGAUAAUAACGAUGCGGCGCAGUGGCUGACUGCAAAAUAGGAGGGGCGAUCGAUCUGAAACCGAAGCUUAGCUUGAGCGACUACCUUGGUACCACUCCUUCACAUACAUCCCGCUACCAGAAACAAUCAUGGAAAACAGAAUUGAAGAAGGCCAGGAAGUCUCGUGGAAAUGGGGAGGCGGAAACGCAUCAGGAAAGGUGGAUGAGAUUGUGGAGGAGGGUACAGCUAAAGUAACGAGCGACAAGGAUAAUACGGUAACCCGCAUUGCGAGAGCGGGAGACCCUGCUGUGAAGAUUACCCGUCAAGGAAACGAUGUCGUCAAACUGGCACAUGAGCUCAACGAGGUCAAGGAAGCAAAGUAGGUUUGGUUUGGUAAACCAUUGGUAGGCGUGGGAACGGUCUGCUCUAGAUUCAUGUACUCCUGCACUUGGAGAUGCGAGCCUGAGAAU